AUGAGUGAAUUAGCCAAACUAAGAGCGCAAAUAGUGUCGUGGUUUAACAUUAGCGGUUUUCAAAUACGAAGUGAAGCCAGCAACUUCUUAGCCCAGCAGAUAGCCCCACUCGGGGAAGCGGCCCGCAAACGAUGGCUAGAGGACAUCGCCAGUCACGUGCAGGGCCAAAACCUGGAUCUACCGGCCGUGGAGAAGAGCCACAUCGAGCUGGCCAUCAAGGAAGCCAACAACACCGGCCUGGAGGACAACGAGACCAUCUUCAGCGUUAUUAACGCUUUUGACGUGCCCCGCUUCCACUUCCACGAGGAAAAGAAGAUGUUCAUGCCGGACAGUGGCAAACGGGGCUUCUUUCCCGGGCCAGAUACCAAGGCCGAGUAUAUUCGCGAGCGGUACUUGAUGCUGUGGCAGAAAACCUGCCGACACGAGAUGUUCAACACCAGCAAGGUUUCGACCUAUAAGGACAUUAAACGACUGACGUUGAGGAAGAUCGAACUGCUGCUGUCGACGUCGAAGAUGAAGGAGGUGGUGGUUCUCGGUUUACUGACUCAGCUGACCGAAGGGAAGUUCUACCUGGAAGAUCCGACCGGCGUUGUACCCAUCGACUUGAGAGAAACCGUCUACUCUUCCGGACUGUUCUGCGAAGGAUGCUUCGUUCUGGCAAGUGGGACCUACAGUGACGGGACGCUCAAAAUUGACGAGCUGGGCUUCCCCGUUACGGAACUGGCCUCCAGCAGUCGAGCCUUCUUCGGAACGGUAAACACAUGGGGUGGGCGAUCCAAGAGUCUGCUGAAAUACUCCAGGAAUUUGGCCGAACUGGAGAGGAACUCCGGCGAGGACAGCAUCGUAUUCCUGGCCGACUGUUGGCUGGAUAACCCGAUAGUGCUUCAAAAGCUGACGCAGCUGCUGGACGGCUACAACCAGUUCCCUCCUCGAGCGAUAGUGUUGAUGGGACCGUUCAGCAAAUCGACCGAGAAUCCUUACGCCUUGAAGGAACGAUUCCAAGCUUUGGGCGAGACUCUGGGUUCGUACGAGUCGCUCAAGAAGGAAACGGAUGUGGUCCUGGUGCCGUCCUCUGAAGAUCCAACGACGGCUAACAUUCUGCCUCGUCCACCAUUGCCGGAAUAUCUCACGGGUGACCUGAAGAAAAGCUACCCGAGACUCGUGCUAGCUACCAAUCCAUGUCGGCUGCAGUACUGCACACAGCAGAUCGUGGUAUGCCGUUCGGAUUUAGUGACCAAGCUCUGCCGAAACACCAUACACUUCCCUAAGAGUGGCCAACUUGCAGAUCACUUCGCCCGCACACUCAUCAGCCAGGGAACGCUGGCGCCGCUCAAUCCGAUUGCGUGCCCUGUUCACUGGAACUACGACGCGGCAUUGUCGCUGUAUCCGUUGCCGGAUCUGAUCGUCAUUGGUGAUACCAGCCAGGGAUUCCAAACGACGGAACAGGAGUGCACGGUGCUGAACACCGGAUCGUUCUCCAAGUCCAAGUUCAGCUUCAAGGUGUACAUUCCCUCGACACGGACCGUGGAGGAUUCGCAGAUUCCGGAAUAGUACGUCUCUCAAUUUAUGGAUUUUUGUUGUACGCUUAUCGUAAAUAAAACUAGAUUAAGCAUUUUUAA